CUCAUAGUUAUAAGAAGUAAAUUGUCUUCAUAUAACCACCUCUAACAGGGUAUGAUGAAGAGUCAGGUAGCGCUCCUUUAUGUCCUGAUCAUUAUGAGUGGAGGAUUGGCCCAAAGCCUGAAACCCCGCCGGAGCGUUUUCUUCUCAGAUGUUAACCUGAAGCUGUUUAAAGAGCCUGACUUUGACAGUUUGAGCUCCCUGUUGGUGAGAGAAGACAUCGGUCUGCUCUUCAUCGGAGCCAGAGGAAAAGUCAUCAUGCUCCGUUUGGAUGACAUCACUGAAAAGACCGGCGAGACUGAAUGGACGGUGAGUUCUGAAGACAAAUCAAAGUGCAAGAUGAAAGGCGGAAGCAUCGAGCAUUGUGACAACUACAUCACGAUGAUGCACACUCGGGUUGAUGGCAAAAUUCUGGUUUGUGGAACCAAAGCAUUCGACCCUAACUGCACACUCCUGAUGGUCUACAAAGGAAAUGUCACCAUGGAAAACAUAAAUGACAAAGGCAGAUGGAAAGUUCCCUCAAACCCUGAAGAAAAAUUUGCCUCAAUGUUGGAUGGAUCUGACUUAUAUACCGCUGCCUCCACAAAACCCCACGGACAAAAAGUUUUAUUCCAAAGACAUGGGGAAAAUUCGAUGAAGAAUGAAGAGGAACUAUUUUUGUCCUCCAAACCCAACAUGAUUUCCAUUCACCUGGCUGAGCUAAGCAAAAGUUCAGAGGACCAUGAGGACGACAAUGUGAUCUUGUUCUUCAUUGAGAACAGUUUUGAAGAUCCACGCCAACUGCAGGUGUCGAGAGUUGCACGAGUGUGUAAAAGUGACAUUGGAGGAAGGAGCAUACUGCGGAAUAAGUGGACCUCUUACCUGGAAGUCAGUGUGGACUGCCCGUUCGGAGACAUAGGGUCUCCCUCUCUGCUGCAGGACAUCUUUUUUCUACGAGAUGAAAAUAAUUUGAUGAACAGUAUCUUCUACGCAACAUUCACCUUAAACACGGAGCCAUCCAGUACCUGCAAUCAGACUGCUGUCUGCGCCUACAAGCUGUCAGACAUCCGUCAAGUUUUCAAGGGAAACUAUAUGGCUACUACUAGUUCUGGCCACUGGCAGAAGUACACAGGAGAAUUUAGGUCCCCCUAUCCUCAAUCAUGUAUUAAUGAUGAAAUGCGACAAAGUAAUAUAAGGACUUCUCGGGACUUCGAAGACAUCGUCCAUCGGUUUGCAAAGCACCACCCUCUGAUGGAGGGAGCAGUGAAACCAAUCACUGGGAGGCCCCUGCUGGUCCGGUCUGCGGCCCAGUUCUCCAGAAUUGUUGUUGACAAAGUAACGUCUCUGGAUGGACAGCAGCACAACGUCAUGUUUAUCAGCAACAACUCUGGUUGGCUGCAGAAGGCGGUGUGGUCUGGUGAUGAUGGAGGGCGAAUCAUUGAGGAGUUGCAGCUGUUUCAGGAUCCUCAGCCCAUUCGCUUCCUUCAGCUCUCCUCUAGAAGUGGUCAGCUGUACAGUGCAACUAGAACUGCUGUUGCUCAGCUCAGUGUGAGGGACUGCAGCCGCUACACAUCCUGUGCCGACUGCCUUACAGCCAGAGAUCCAUACUGUGGCUGGGAUCGUCUCAGAGGCCUGUGUGCUGCUGUUGCUGGUGCUUCAAACCUCUCCAUGAUCCAGAACCUCACUGAUGGUGAUGUUGGAAUCUGCCCAAACUCUCAUUGGUCAAAGAUUAUCGACAUCCACACCACAGUUGACGUGGCACAGUUCCUCCCCUGCUCCCCUGACACCAAUCUCCCCAUCAGCUGGAGCUUCUCUGGUAACAUCCUUGAGCCCGGUCCCCGACACAUUCUGCUCAGCCAGGGACUCGUUUUAACACCUUCCUUCACUGAUGAAGGCCUUUACACCUGUGAGACAGUGGAAGUAGUUAAAGGCAGAGAGCACAGGAUGGCGGUGAUCUUGUACAACAUUAAGGUUUCAGAGGGUGGGGGAAACUGGUUUCAGGCUAUAAUUAUUUACAUUUUAGCUUGUGUUUGUGUGUUGUGUGUAAUGUUCAUCAUCUACGUGUGCUGGAAGCAGAAAGCUCGAAACCUUGUCGGCAGUAGCAGUGAGAGUGAUGAUACCACUGAUCUCACUGGCAGUAGCAGUAAGAGUGAUGAUACCACUGUAGCAGUGAGAGUGAUGAUACCACUACAACCAGAGUUGAAGACAGAGCCCUGCCACUGUGGGAAUUCUGGUCCCAAAAACCAGGACAAUAGUUCUGGUUCUGGUACUGAUAAAACCAAAUCAACUGGGAGGAAAAGAGGACAAAAUCUACUGUUUAAAACAGAUUUAUAGUUGGACAACAGAACAACCUACUUUGCAUCACUGCCAUCAACUCUGUAAAAAUAAAU